CCAUUAAUUAACGUAUUCAAAGCAUAUUAACCUCAGUGCUGACCAAUCCCGUUUAGGCAUUUCUUCCUUGUGUAUACGGCUCAACAGUUACAAACCGGUUGGGAUUUCUUUUGAUUGGAUAUUGUAAUUAUUUUGCUUGAUUUACUAUGGCACGAGAAGAAGAAGAACGAGAGAUUCGAGACGAUGUAUCAGAUAAUGAAAAUGAUAAUAGUUCUGAAGAUGGAGAUGAUGUUUUAGAUUCUUCGGAAGAAGAAGAUGAUGAUGAUGAAGAAGCCAUACAAAAAGUUAGAGAAGGAUUCAUUGUUGAUGAUGAUGAAGAUGAUGAAAUUCAAACUAAAAGAAAGAAGAAACAUAAGAAAAGAAAGAGAGAUAGAGUUAGAGCUGAUGAUGAUGCAUUAGAUGAAGAUGAUUUAGAAUUAUUAUUGGAAAAUUCAGGAGCUAAACCAAGAGCAGCUGUUCCUGGACAAUUUAAACGAUUAAAGAGAGCUGCAGUUGAAGAUGAAGAACAAGAACAAGAAGAAUCAGUUGAACCAGAUAAUGAAAUUAGUUCAAGGCGAACUGGAGGUUUAAGAGAUAUAUUUUCUGAUGAAGAAGGUAGAGAAGAAGAAGAAGAAGGAGAAAUUGAAGAUCGUCGUCAAAAUAAUAUUCUUGAUGAAUUUGAAGAUUUCAUUGAAGAAGAUGAACUUUCAGAUGAUGAACAAUCAAGACGAGAAAGACAAUCUCAAAGAGAUAGAGCAAGAGUUUCAAGACCAAGAAUUGAUACAUCUAAAUUAUCUAGUGUAGAUCGAGAAAGUUUACAACAAUUAUUUGAAGUAUUUGGUAAUGGAUCAGAAUAUGAUUGGGCAUUAGCAGCUCAAGAAGAUGAUGAUGAAAGAACUGGUGAAGCCAUGGAACCAACAUCAUUAGAUGAAGUAUUUGAACAUUCAGAAUUAAAGGAAAGAAUGUUAACUGAAGAAGAUAAUUUAAUUCGAAUUAUUGAUAUACCAGAAAGAUUUCAAAAAUAUCGAGCUAAUUUAAAUUAUAUUAAUUUAGAAGGUGAAGAAUUAGAUCGUGAAAAAGUUUGGGUAGCUAAUAUUUUAUUUAGUGAAAAGCUGACGGAAUUCUCUGGUCCAUUAGAACAACCAUUUAAAGAAGCUGUUGGAAAUGUAGUUGAAUUUAUUUCAAAGAAUAAUUAUGAAGUACCAUUUAUAUGGUCUCAUCGUCGAGAUUUUUUAUUAUAUUCUCAACAAAUUGAAACUUUAGAUGGAAAAGUUGAAACUAGAGUUCAUAAAUUAUUAUUUGAAGAUGAUUUAUGGAGAAUUAUUCAUCUUGAUGUUGAAUAUCAUUCACUUUAUGAAAAGAGAUUAAAUAUUGAAAAAUUAAUUGAAGAAUUAAAUUUAGAUGAUGAUUUAGUUAGAGAUAUGAAAUCUCUUGAAACAAUGGUAGGAGUUCAAGAUAUAUUUGAUUAUAUUCAAUUUACUUAUUCACGAGAAGUUCGUGAACUUUCAAGAAAUCAAGAAACUUUACCUGAUGGUACAAUUCAAUCUCGUACUACUAAAAAACAUUCUAAAUAUUCAUUAUUUGAAAGAAUUAAAUCAAAUGUAUUAUAUGAUGCAGUUAAAGCCUUUGGAAUUUCUGCUAAAGAAUUUGGUGAAAAUGUUCAAGAUCAAAGUUCUAAACAUUUCUUAGUUCAAUAUAGAAUUCAUGCCACUGAUGAUGCUCAAGAUGCUCCUGGAGUUUUAGUUGAAACUAUUUGUCAAGAUGAUGAUGCACUUUUUAAAGAUAGUACAACUGCUCGUGAUGCCGUAUGUAGAACCUUUGCUGAAGAAAUCUUUCAUAAUCCAAAGAUUAGACAAGAAGUUCGACAAACUUAUAAAUCAUUUGCAACAAUUAAUGUGGCAGUAACUGAUAAGGGGAAAAUUACUAUUGAUAGACAUAGUUCAUAUGCUGAUAUUAAAUAUGCUAUCAAUCGUUCACCAGCUGAUUUGGUAAAUCAACCAGAUAUAUUAUUAAGAAUGCUUGAAGCUGAAGCCGCUGGAUUACUUGUAAUUCAAGUCGAUACUAAAGAUUAUGAUAAUUGGUUUCAAUCAAUUUUUAAUUGUUUAAAAUCCGAUGGAACUUCAGAAAUUUCUGAUUUAUGGAAUACAGAACGAGAAUAUGCUCUUAGUUUAGCAUUUAAAAAACUUAAUGCAAUGGUAUCAGCUAAUGCUAAAGAAGAUUUACGUCGUGAAUGUGAAAGAUUAGUGGCAUCAGAAGUUCGUAAAAGAUUCUUAGGUAAAAUUGAUCAAGCACCAUUUACUCCAUAUGGAUUUGAUAAAGGUACUAAACCAAAUGUAUUAGCAUUAUCAUUUGGUAAGGGUGAUUUUGAUAGUGCUGUUGUAGGAGUAUUAUUAAAGGAAAAUGGUAAAGUUGAUCAAUAUUUUAAAUCAGAAAAUAAUCCUACAAGAGAUCGAGAAAAUAAUGAAUUAUUCUGUGGACAAUUAAAGGAAUUCUUUGAUAAGAAUUUAGAAUAUAGUAAACCUGAUGUUAUUGUUAUUUCUGGUUAUAAUGCUAAUUCUAAACGAUUAUUUGAUGUUAUUGAAACAUUUGUUGAAGAAUUUAGAAUUACAGUGAAUGUAGAAGAUUUACCUGAUGUAUCUAAUCCUCCAUUAAUUAAUGUAAUUUGGGGUCAAGAUGAAACAGCAAGAUUAUAUCAAAAUUCUGAAAAGGCAGCUCAUGAAUUUGCUGAUAAACCUUCAUUAAUUAAAUAUUGUGUUGGAUUAGCUCGGUAUAUUCAAAAUCCUUUAUUAGAAUAUGUUUCAUUGGGUGAUGAUGUAUUAUCACUUACAUUUUAUGAAUAUCAAAAAUUAAUUCCCAAGGAUUUAGUUAAAGAAGUAUUAGAAUCUGCCUUUGUUGAUAUUAUAAAUACUGUGGGAGUAGAAAUUAAUGAAGCAGUUAGAGAUCCUCAUGUGGCACAAUUAGUUCAAUAUAUUUCUGGUUUAGGACCUCGUAAAGCUAGUGGAUUAAUUAGAAAUAUUAAUACUAAAUUAGGAUCUACUUUAACUAAUAGAAGUGAAUUAAUUGAAGCAGAAUUAUCUACGGCUAAUAUAUUUAUUAAUUGUGCAUCAUUUUUAAAUAUCCCAUUUGAUGAAAGUCUGAAUGCUGCCAGAGAUCCAGCCAUUGAACUUUUAGAUGCUACAAGAAUUCAUCCUGAAGAUUAUGAAUUAGCUAAAAAAAUGGCAUCAGAUGCUCUUGAUAUUGAUGAAGAAGAUAUUCCAGAAAUUGAUAAUAAUGGAGGAAUAAUUUAUCAAUUAAUGCAAGAAGGAGCUAAUAAAGUUGAUGAAUUAAAUUUAAUUGCUUAUGGACAAGAAUUAGAAACUAAAUAUGGUAAAAGAAAAUAUGCCACAUUACAAAUGAUUAAAGAAGAACUUGUUAAUAAUUAUGAAGAAUUAAGACAUGCAUUCCAUAUUUUAGAAAAAUUAGAAGUAUUUCAAAUGUUAACAGGUGAAACUCCUCAAACUUUUGGUAAGAAUGCUUUAGUCCCAGUUACUGUAACUAAAGUUGGAAAGAAUUUAAGAGAUCAAGUUGCAUCUAUAAGAUGGGCAAAAGUUAUAACUACUUCAUUAAUUCAAGCUAAUAUUGAAGAAAAUAAAAUUCCUCGAGAUUUAAAUCUUGAUCAAGGACAAAUUAUUCAAGCAGUUGUAUUAGAAGUUUUAUAUGAUAGUUUUAGUGCAACUAUGAGUUUAUUAGAAGAAGAUUUUAGACGAGCAUCAGCUGGGAAAUUUAGAAAAGAAGAAGGGAAAUGGGAUUUCCAAGCUGAAUCAGAAGAUUUAAAGAAAGAACGAGCUAAAGAACGAGCUUUAAGAGCUAAAUCAAGAGGUAUAACUCAUAAAUUAUAUCAUGAUUUUAAUUAUCAUCAAGCUGAAGAAUUCUUAGCUCCACAAAGAAUUGGAGAUUGUGUAAUUCGUCCAUCAUCAAAGGGUUCACAAUAUUUAACAAUUACUUGGAAAGUGGCUAAUAAUUUAUUUCAACAUUUAUUAGUUAAAGAUUCAUCUCAUGGUAGAUAUAAAGCUUAUUAUGUUGAUAAUAAAAAGUAUGAAGAUUUAGAUCAAUUAAUUGUUCAACAUAUUCAAGCCAUAGCUAGAAAAGUUGAAGAAAUGACUCGUCAUCCAAAAUUUAGAGAAGGUACUUUAAGUGAAGUUAAUGAAUGGUUAGAAUCUUAUACCAAGGCUAAUCCAAAAAAUAGUGCUUAUGUAUUUUGUUAUGAUCAUAAAACUCCGGGAUCUUUCUUAUUAUUAUUUAAAGUUAAUGCUAAUUCUCCUGUUAUAACUUGGCAUGUUAAAACUGAUGUUGAAGGUUAUUCAUUAAAGGGAUUUCCUUAUUCUAAUAUGCUUAGAUUAUGUAAUGGAUUUAAACAAAUGUAUAAAUCAGAAGCUCAAAAAUCGAUAAGUCAAAAUAGUCGUCCACAGGUUGGAGCUUAUGGAGGUUAUGGAGCUUAUUAAUCAUCAUCAUCAUAAUCAUCAUCAUAAUCAUAAUAAUAAUAAUCUAAUAUCGUUAUUAUUGUUUAUUUACUUAGUUAAUUUUAAUAUGUACCAUAAAUAA